AUGAUUUCGGCUAUCUUCUUCAUGAAUGCGAAGGGUGACCUUCUCAUCUCAAGAAUCUAUCGAGAUGAUGUGAUGAAAGGAGUAGCUUCUGCAUUUAGGUCAUAUGUAUUAACAGAAAAAAAUGUAUUACCAGUUAAGAUUGUUGGGUCAACUGUAUUUUAUCAUAUUAGAGUUAAUUCAUUAUAUAUUGUUGCUUUAGCAAGAAGUAAUAAUAAUGCUGCUGUUGUAUUUGAAGUGUUACAUAAAAUUGUUGAAGUAUUCCAAGCUUAUUUCACUACUAUUGACGAAAACACUAUUAAGAGUCAAUAUGUUUUGAUUUAUGAAUUACUUGAUGAAAUUCUUGAUUUUGGUUAUCCACAAUUUUGUACUAAAGAUGAGUUGCAAUCACUUAUUACAUUUGGUAAAGCUAAAACUGUUCAAAGAGGAAAUAUUGCUAUCCAAGCUACAGGUCAAAUUCCAUGGAGAUCACCUGAUAUCUUCUAUAAGAAGAAUCAAUUAUUCCUUGAUGUUAUUGAAAGUGUUAAUUUAACAGUAUCUGCUAAAGGAACUAUUCUUUCUAAUGAUGUCAAUGGAGUUAUUAAAAUGAGAACACAAUUAUCUGGAAUGCCAGAUUGUUCACUUGGUAUGAAUGAUAAAGCAUUAUUACUUGGAGAUUCAGCACAAAAGAAAUCAAUUCAAUUAGCUGAUGUUACUUUCCAUCAAUGUGUUAGACUAACUCGUUUUGAUCAAGAUAGAAGUAUUAAUUUCAUUCCACCAGAUGGAGAUUUUGAUUUAAUGAAAUACAGAACAACUGAUAAUAUCUCACAACAAUUUAGAUUAUUACACAAUAUUAAAGAAUCUUCUAAAACACAUUUAUCACUUGAUAUUAAUGUUCGUGCAUUAUUCUCUGAAUUACAAUAUGGUGAAAAUGUUCGUAUUAAAAUUCCAGUUCCAAAGAAUGCUGCUCUUUGUAAGACUCGUUGUACAGCUGGAAGUGCUAAGUAUCAUCCAGAACAUGCAGCUAUUUUAUGGAGAAUUUCCAGAUUUAAUGGAAAGACACAACAAACUAUUACUGUUGAUGUUGAUUUAGUCCAAACUACUCAAUCACAAAGAUGGGAUAAACCACCAAUUUUAAUGGAUUUUGUUAUUCCAGCAUUAACUGCAACUGGUUUACAAAUUCGUUAUUUGAAAAUUGCUUCAGAUUAUAAAACUAUUAAGUGGGUAAGAUAUAUUACAAAAGCAGGUGCCAUUCAAUAUCGUCUUUAA